UCAACAUCAAAUUCCUUUUAGGAGCUCCUGGCGUAUCCAUUCAAUGCGUCCGUCGCGCCUACUUCAACGUCCUCCGAGCCACACAUACCCUGUCUUUGCGUUCCUCCAAAUGCAACUAAACUCACGCCAGUUUCACUCCUUUAUUUAAGCCUUUGUAGCAAUUUACGCCUGAGCCACCGCAGUGAGCUGUUGUGGGCGUCGGUCGGCACCGCAGUUGGCAAUCGUUAUUAUACCUCGCUAGGAACGUGUGUUAAGAAAGCGGUGGUGUCACCAGCCUUGGCCAAGCGGUGCUGCUGCAAAAAAGGCAGCUCACUUCAAUGGAGGGCAAGUACUGCAUUGUGACCGGGGCCAACAGUGGCAUUGGCUUCCAGGUGGCACGUGGCCUCAUGCGACGGGGUGCCCACGUGGUGAUGGCGUGCCGCAGCCCACCUGCAUGCGAGCACGCGGCACAGUUACUGAGGGCUGAGGGGCUGUCUGGCAGCUGUGCCUGUCGUACAUUGGACCUUGAGGACCCCGCCUCCAUCCGCGCUUUUGUGACCCAGCAAAGCCGAGAGCUGCACGGGGCCGUCGUCUGCCUGGACGGAGCCUACCGAGCGGCACAUGAGACACACACCCAGGGUGCUGGGGCAGAAGUGGCUGCUGUAAACCUCGGCCGCAAGGAAGAGGCCUGCAGCGGUUUAAGAGGUACGUGCCCUAGCGGCACCGGUACCGGCACCUGUAUCCACAGCGCUGGAGCGUUCAGCACUAAGGGAAGCCCCAGCAGCAGCAGCGGCGACUCGCCGUGCCGCCACAUUGAUGUGCUGGUUAACAACGCCGGGGUAAUGGGUGUGCCGCCAGCUGCCGACGGCUCCGACCGACAUCUAACCGUCAACCACCUGGGGCCCUACCUGCUGACCCGGCUAUUGCUGCCCCACAUGACCCAUGGGUCACGGGUCGUCAAUGUGGCCAGUCGAGCGCACUAUGCGGGAUGCCUGAAGCUCAGAACAGGGCCACCGGGAGGGGGGGCUAUCCAUGGCAACGUCCAUCACUGGUGGUGGCAGUACGCUCGCUCCAAGCUCUGCAACGUGCUGGUCACUGCAGAGCUGCAGCGCCGCUACGGUUGGGCGGGAACAACACGGGAGCAGCGGCGGCAGCAGCAUUGCCGGCGUGGCGAUGCCGCCAGCAGCAACAGCAAUAGCAGUGGCGAACAUGGGGAUACGUGGGAUAGCAGGUGCAGCUCUGAAACCAAGGCCAGCCGUACUAGCAUCGCUGCUGCUGGAUCCCCAGCCUCAGCGGGGCGGCCUGCGGGGCGGAUUGGGGCCUUCGCAGUGAGCCCCGGGAUGGUGGAUACCGGGAUAUUCAGAUAAGUCGCAACGCAGGGGAUACCGGUAUCGGGAGGGCGUGGGUUGCCGCCCGGGAGGGCGAUUGGGCAACGAGCUCUGGGGCACUCGGAUUGCAAGUACCGGUACUGGUGCUCGUAGCCGUUGGUGGCGGCCGAUGACACUACCGUACCCCAAUUUCUGAAAACGCAACUCCAGCAAGUCCCUGCUUGUCUGCUUGCCUUCAAACCCCACCCCCACCGCCCACCCCGCAGGCACCUGCUCCCUCCCUGGGCGCAGUGGCUACGGGUGCCGCUGAGGCCGCUGGUCAGGAGCGCGGAGCAGGGAGCGGAGGUGGUGCUAUUCGCAGCGUGCAGCCCCAGCCUGCAGGGCCGCAGUCCGCUGUUCCUGCACGACUGCCGGGAGAUGCAGCCCUCGGCUGCAGCCCGGGACCCCUCACUGGCAGCCGACCUGUGGCGAGUGAGCGCCGCCCUAGUCGGACUCCCAGACGAGGAGGGUGGG